AUGGUUUAUUGUCAAGUUGAUCCGGCAAGAGUUGCUGAUAUUCUCAAUGUUUGUUAUGAAGAAUUACAUAAUAAAGAUUACGCGCUUUCACUGUCAACAAAGUUUGACUAUACACGCGAAUUUGAACAAAUAGGACAACCAACAAAUCUUAUUACUUCAAUUACCAAAAAAGAUGACACAACCUUAACAGUCAAAACACAGUCAUUUAAUAUACAUGUUGUUACAAUGAAAAUUACAGAGGAUAAAUUUAUCGUUCCAGGAUAUGGAGUUAUUGAAUCCACAGCACGAGUCAUUCCAACACUAUUCAACCGUCGAGAUCCAUUUAUGAUUCCAGCACAGCAAAUUGAUGUUAGAACAUUGAACCAGGGAUGUGUUACAAAUUCCGGAAUUGUUUCUGAUUUCACAUAUGCUUUACAUAAUGUCACAGAUAUUGUUGCUGUAUUCCCUAUACGACAAGCUCAGAGAACAGUAUUUAGGAAUCCUAUGGUUAGAAACUUACAAAUAACAAUUGAUGGUCGAAACUUUCCUGAUAAUGCAAUGAGUACUGUUGGAGAUAUAUUCUUCACAAGAAUGUUGCAAGCUUCUGACCUUGAUGGCGUUAAUGAGUGUACUGAAGAAUAUGAAGAUAGUUUAACAAGAGAUAGAUGUAAUGACAAGAAACAGAUUAAACCAUGGAAAGAGCAAACAUCAUUCAUUUGCACCAUUCCUGUUAUGAGAGAUGGUGGAAGUGUCUUCUUUGACGGUUUAGAAACCAAGAAUAAUCAAGUUAGUAUUAGAUUACAAGCAAAUCCAAUUCAUUCUAGCGCUGAAGCAGAUGUAUAUUGCACAAAGAGUCCUGAUCCACCUCAGCUAUGGUUUACAAGAACUACUUACUGGACUUGGAGUCCUGAAGAUGGUUUGAAAUACCAUGCUACCGGAACUCCUGCAAAAUAUGCUUCACCAGCUGAUAAUAACUAA